AUGGCCGUUGUGGACAGUCUAUACAGAUUCACACUCAUUGAUGUGGGUGCUGAGGGCCGUCAGAGUGACUCUGGUGUGUUCAAGGCUUCUGCACUUGGACAUCACCUAGAUGCUGGCACCCUAGGCAUGCCUGGAAUGAUGAAACUGCCACAGUCAAAUGUGAUCGUCCCCCAUGUUUUUGUGGGGGACGAAGCCUUCCAGCUGAAGCCAAACUUCCUUCGCCCGUAUUCUGGACGUGGUCUCUCUGUUAAGGAGAGAGUUUUUAACUUGAGGCUAAGCCGUGCCAGGCACUGUGCUGAGAAUGCAUUUGGUAUUCUCGCCUCACGUUGGAGGAUACUGCUGACGACAAUUAACCUCAAGCCAUCUAAUGUGGACAACGUUGUGAAGGCCGCUUGUGUUCUGCACAACUUCCUGGCUGAUUGUUGUGGGAUGCCUUCAGGAGUAGUCGAUCAGGUCGAUCGCUUCGGCAACAUCACCGAAGGGAGCUGGCAUGUCGAAGCAGGGCAUUUCGUUGAAGAACACCGCCUGGAGCGCACUUCUGCACGCAAUCAUAGUAGGGAUGCAGCAAGGUGCAGGGACUUGUAUGCUAACUAUUUUGUCAGCAGUGCAGGCCAACUAGAGUGGCAGUGGCCGAGGGUAGGUGCACAAGGGCCCCAAGAUUAA